AUGCAGCUGGACAAGCUCAACUCCGAGAGCAAUGCAGCAAACCUGCACUACAUGGGCAUUUUCUUGGAUGAUGACACAGCUAUGAGUGUGAAAACGGCUGGCAAUGUGGCAGGGAAACUGAUGAGUUCUUGGAUUCCAGAUCUGGUGCGGAACAAGUAUUCGUCGAGCCAUGCUUCGGGACUGGCAACGUUUGAUGAGCUGAUCAACACUGACAAGUCUGUGACAACUGCUUUGAAGAGAUCUGAUGACCACAGUGCCCGUGCUGCUCCGGCCUCUGGAACCUCCAAUGAUCCUGGCAGCGGUGUGCAAACGAGGACACUUGCAUCGCCGGAUUUUGAUGGAGCCGAUGUUCCAAAUUUCGACAGGGUUGUGGUGUUUGACUCAACACCAUUGGAUGAGUUCAAUGCCACCAAAACGUUGCAUUGCUCUUCAACUUUGCCUGGCUCCACAAUUGUGAUUGCGAAGGUGCAAAAUGAUGGAAGCUGGUGGCUGCUGAAUGAUGGAACUGAUGAUGUCACCCUGGCUACCAACAAAGAGCUCUUUGGCUUCAAUACCGGAUCAUUCAAUGAAGUUCCAGCAGGAGAAGCGGGGUCCUUGAUCGACCAAAUCCCUUGGCUCGUGCAGUCAGAUCUCGAUGUCAUUUGCCUGUGCGAGCAGAAUGGCUCAGCUUUGUCGAAAACACUCAUGACCAUCGCGGACGCAGUGUGCAACAUUACAAGGACCCAGGGAGCCACCGAGGCAUGCAUGCUGGACCAUGACAUGGCACCUCUUACCAAGACUGGUGAGAACAAUGAGAUUCAGCCCUUGCAGUUUCGCUACAGCAUCAGCCCCAAGUCCAAAGUGAAUGCAUUCAAGCCCAAGCCAGUUGACCCAGCCGUGGAUGUCCGCUAUUCCAUGCUGGGUGGGUGCUUCCAAGCCUACAACACCUUGCUUCGAUCCCGCAAUGUGGGAACAAUCUGGGAGGUGUGGCAUUUAAUCUGGGUGGGGCACUUAAUUUAA